UUCGAUAGCAACACCCACUUGUUUCAGCAAAUAUGUAUUUGGUAUCGAUACCAAAACAGCUGAUGUGCAGGUUUUCACUGUGAAUGGCAUUUUUCCAUCGCAUGGUUUACGUAAACUUUUAAUUGUUAAGUUAUCUAUAAAAACCGAUAAUUAAGUGCAUUUUCUAAAUUUUAACCACUCGAGAUUUACCAUGGCGGCUAAUCUAGCACGUUUGCUGGAGCGUAACAUACGUUGCAAAAAUGCAGCUGCAGUGCAAAGUAGUGUGCGGCUAUUUAGCAAUCAGCGGCAGCAGCAGACAGAAGUGGAAGAUGAUGAAGAAUUUCGUGUGCUCAACCUGCGUACAAUUAAACAGCAAGCACGCAGACGGGAAAUAAGAAAGGAUGCAGUGCAGCCACCACGUACAAUGCGCAUGUCUGUCGAUCAGGAUUGGACGGCCGUAUGGUCAGGACCGCGCUCAUUUCAUCCAGCCAGUGUGCCGCUGCCAUUGCGUCAAGGCUACACAGAGCGCGGAGCAGCUGCGCCCUCGAAGUACGCGAAUGCAGAGUUAAUGAAAAUACCAAAUUUCUUACAUUUGACGCCGCCAGCUAUACGGCAGCAAUGCGAAGCAAUCAAGAAGUUUUGCACGCCCUGGCCGAAGGGCCUAGAAACGGAGGCCAAAUGGAAGCGUCCCUUUCCUAUCGAAGUUAUCACCACAGACUAUUGCCACAGUCUACCAACAAUUCGACAUCCGGAGGCUCGUCGCGUGACAAUCACGCUAAAACUGUCCGAUUUGAAGUUCGAUGCACACGCAAAAGAUAAAUUUCUACGCCUUGUGGGCGAACGAUACAACCAGGAGACUGGAGUGUUAACAUUUGCCGCUGAUCGCUGCCCUACGCGCAAGCAAAAUUACGACUAUGCUUUAUAUCUGUUAACGGCAUGUUAUCACGAGUCCUUUGUCACGGAGCCAUGGGAAGCUACCAAGUCGGAGGCCGACAUGGAGGUGUAUCAAUUUGAACGAAAUCAAGCGAAACGUUCCGCUGAGGAAAUACUCAAUUGGAAUGCAACAGGAGAACAGAAGGACGCGCCCAGUGCUAACUAUGCAAAUAGUGUAGAGGCAUUGAUAAAUGAGGGUGAGAACGAGUACAACAUAGCCAAGUAUAAGGAGGAAGUACUGAAAAUGUUAAAAAUAGCUAUCUAGUAAGCAUUUCUACAAAUAUAUUUGGUAAAACACUAACGAAAAAGUUGUAAACUCUACUAAAAUAAAAAAAAAUACGAAAAAAACAACAAACCAUCAGGCCCCGUAAAUGCCGGUAAAACGUGAAUGCAUGCGGCAGCUGAUUUAGACGACCGCGUGUCGUGGUGAAUGGCAAAAGAACAGCGGGCAUUUAAGAAGCAGCAGCAAUUAGUCCAAAUAGAAGAAGACUGGUUUAGUGAACGUGGAUUCGAGUAUUUUACUUUCAUAGAUAAUUAAAAUUUAAGACUACUUUAAACCGAAACAAAAACCGCUGAAAUUCGCCUAAAGUCGCCAUAUGACAGGUAAAAUUUACAAGCUGCUCUAGUGACGUAUACAAUUAUCUACAAUGAAAACAAAAAAAUAACAAUCGAAAAAUAAACCAAAUUACAUUCAGUGUUGGGUUGACCCGUA